CGUUUUAUUGACCAAGUCGACAAAGAAUUGGAGUGUGAACCCGAAUCCGAGUCCGGGACCGAACCCGGAUUGUUUCAUUUUCCAAUCCCGCCCCGGCCUCCCGCGCAGUCUCUAGGGAGUAAUUUCGUCGAGCAUUAGGCGUGCAAAGAAAUUUCGAAUUGAAAGAACAUGAAAGGCAGCAAAGCUACAGUCUUAACUCUAGCUGAGAAAUGCAAGAAUAUACUGGCUUCAAAUUGGCAAGCUCGCCUCAAUACCAUCAAAGCUGACGCCAAGGGAAGCAAGGAGGAUUUACACACUUCAAAAGUUAAAUACAUACUUAAGAAGGGGAGGCCAUAUAUCUGGAUUCCUGAAAAAGAUGUGCAUAAUGUGAACACAAUCAUUGAUGAACGUGGUUCAUUGGCUGUUGCAUGUCCUUUUCCUGGCCCUCUAGCAAAUUUACUCAGAUCAAUAAAGAAGUUACCAGAACGAAUUGCUCUACUUGGGGAUGUCUGCCCUCUUAAAGAUGGAAUGGCUCAGUUGGCUAUGGGAAGCAUUAAAGAAGUGAUACAGUCUGAGCAGAGAGCAAUGAAUGAGUCUACUUACACUGUUUCCAGUGUAUUAAAUUCUUCUAAUCUUAUUACUACAUCCAGAAGUGAAAGCCUUAAGGAGCUACUUGAUGGAGGUGGAAAAUAUCGUGUUUACAGGUUCAAUAUAAGCAUAUUGUCUAGGUCGUGUAUGUUUGUUGAUGGCUAUGGACGCACUCAUGAAGUGGAAUCGGAAGAUUUUGAAAGGUCUAAAGUAGACCCCUUAGCAUCAUUUUCUGCGAAGCUAAUUGAUGGCAUUAAUAGAAGUGAGGCGAGGCGUAGAGCUCUGAUACUUUUUUGUUUGAUAUACUUGAAUGCAAAUGCGAGAGAUGCAUUUAUGGUAUCUGUUGAUCGCAAGGGAUUUGAUGUGUUGGGGAAGGUUCUUAGUGCCGUCAUAAAGGAUGGCCAAGGUGAAUACCUGUGGAAGGAAUUCAGGUUUACAUUCAAGGAAGAGGCACCUGAUGUUGAAACUUUUUGUCAUCAACUUGUACAAAUGGAGGAGGAAGCUGUGAAGAAGGUUUCAAGCUACAGUGGUUUAACAUGAGAGUGCAUACACAUUUAUCUGCAAACUAGUUUAUGAUCCUGAAACUGUUUUUUUUUUUUUUUCUUAAACACAGAAGGGAUACGAAUUUCAAGCUAGAAAUUGUUAGAAAAGUAAUAGUUAGGCAUAUUUUAUGCAAACACACUACUACAUCCUUAUUCCUAAGUUACUGUUAUUUUUGUAUUUUCUUAGUCUGCAUCCAGAACAAGAAAAUCCUAUGGAUAAAACAAGGCUUCAUGGGCACUAAUGGCAAACUAUUUCUUGUGUGCUGCUCGGACAGCAAAGAUUAUAAUUGAAGAAAUAGAACAGUUAUUUGCUUC